GAGAACGGUGUGUGUAUGUGUGUGGGGAAGGCAGACUUCAGUUUUUCCAUUUCAAAGAAAGAUACGUUGAAACAAACCGGCGAUCACAAUGAAAGAUGUCACCGGGUAUCUCAAACAACAGCAGAGCAAGAGCUCAACACCAGAAAUGGCAACAGAAUGGCACACAUUGGAGGACCUUUACAAUAAAAAGCUGUGGCACCAGUUGACUCUGAAGCUGACAGACUUUGUGCAGGACCCCUGCUUUGCCACAGGUGAUGGCCUCAUCCAGCUCUAUGAAAACUUCCUGAGUGAUUUUGAGCACAGAAUCAAUCCGCUGUCCCUGGUGGAGAUUAUUCUUUACGUAGCCAGACAGAUGAAAGAUCCCAAUGUUGCCAUAACCUUCCUUGAGAAGACAAAAGAAAAGGUGAAGAGCAGUGAUGAAGCAGUCAUUCUCUGCAAGACCUCCAUUGGUAGUCUCAAGUUGGAAAUAAACGACCUUCCUGCAACAAAGAAGUUAAUCGAGGAGGUGGAGGAGAUGCUGAAUAACUUGCCUGGUGUCACUUCGGUCCAUGGCCGCUUCUACGACCUGUCAAGCAAAUACUAUCGCAUUAUCGGGAAUCAUGCUGCCUACUACAAGGAUGCACUGCGCUACCUAGGCUGUGUGGAUGUCAAAGACCUUCCAGAGGCAGAGCAGCAAGAGCGGGCCUUUACCUUGGGGCUAGCUGGACUUCUUGGGGAAGGAGUUUACAACUUUGGAGAACUACUGAUGCACCCAGUGCUGGAGUCUCUGAGGAACACGGACAAGCAGUGGCUGAUCGACACUCUUUAUGCCUUCAAUGGGGGGAACGUGGAGAAGUUCCAGGCCUUCAAGUCUGCAUGGGGCCAGCAGCCUGAUUUAGCUGCCCAGGAGCCCAAACUCAUGCAAAAGAUCCAACUGCUUUGUGUGAUGGAGAUGACUUUCACCCGUCCAGCCAAUCAUAGACAGCUGACCUUCCAUGAAAUUGCCCAGAGCGCCAAAAUUCCUGUGGAUGAGGUGGAGCUGCUGGUGAUGAAGGCUCUGUCUGUUGGACUGAUCAAGGGCAACAUUGAUGAGGUUGACCAGAGGGUUCAGAUGACUUGGGUGCAGCCAAGGGUAUUGGACCUGAAUCAGAUCAAGGGCAUGAAGGAACGUCUGGACCUGUGGUGUGGAGACGUGAAGAACAUGGCCAUGCUGGUGGAGCAGCAGGCCCACGACAUCCUCACCUAAAGCAGCCAUCCUGCCGACUCAGUGCUUGUCCAGCUCUAACAUGGGUCCUGAGGACCUCUCCGACUACACCCUGCCCCUCCACCUCACCCCCCCUCAGGGGAACCAUUCUCUUACUGUGUUUUCUCAUAUUGUGAUUGUAAGAAUUAAAGGACAGCAGCACCCAACUCCAGGUAAAAUAAGAGACCUGUAUUGCAUUCAGUUUUAUAUUUAACGUUGGGUGCCAUAUUUGACUUCAUUUUUUUAAUACCUUAGAAAACACAUUUUGGACCAUGUAUCAUUUUUUCCCCACAUUUACUGGAAUGUGUUCUUGGCCUGUUGAAUUUGCUUAUGUUUUUCAAUAUAUAAAGUACUUAGGGUGCUUUUUGUACUGAACAAGAAGUCAAAAUGUGUUAAUGCCACCACUACUAGUUCAUAGAAAUUGAACCUCAUUUCCAGUUCCAAUAAAGGAAG